CUGAGGCGGCGCGCGGGAGGCGCUGUCAGGGCCGCGCUCGCCGGGCGCCGCGCUGCUGAGGCUGAGGCAGCUCCGGGGCGCCGAGCCCUCUACUCGGCCCGCCGCGGCCCUCGGCGCUCCAGCGGCGUCCCCGCGGCUCGGUCCCCGCGUCCUCUCCGCCCUCCCGCCCGCCCCGCGGCCUGCGGGAGCCGCGCGCUCUCCCCGGCGCGGCCUGCUCGCUCGUUCGCUCGCUCGCUCGCGCGCGCCCGCCCGCCCGUCCUCGCCGAAGCCCUCCCUCCGCGGCCCGCGACCCGCCGGACCCCCCGGGCCAGACCCCGCCGCCCGCGCAAGAUGUCGGCGCGGACGCCAUUGCCCACGGUGAACGAGCGGGACACGGAGAACCAUACAUCUGUGGAUGGAUAUACUGAAACACACAUCCCGCCUACUAAAUCAAGCAGCAGACAGAACAUUCCCCGGUGUAGGAACUCCAUUACGUCAGCAACAGAUGAACAACCUCACAUCGGAAAUUACCGCUUACAGAAAACAAUAGGGAAGGGAAAUUUUGCCAAAGUGAAAUUGGCAAGACAUGUUCUAACAGGCAGAGAGGUCGCUGUGAAAAUAAUAGACAAGACUCAGCUGAACCCUACCAGUCUACAAAAGGUAUUUAAUUAA